UCCAGGGUUUUAGAUCUCUAUAUCAUGUCCAGGUUUUAAAUUGACUUGUUGUUGUUUUGUUAUGCAAACAGUUUUAGUUGCUAGCUUUGAUGAACAAAGAAACGGGAGAUAAUAUAGAAGGAAAAGGGAAAGGUGAAUAUAUACGAUGGAGACCAGAGGAGAGCAAACUGUUGAUUGAACUAGCUGCCGACUGCUUCAAGCGGGGAUUGAUUGAUCCCAAUGGAAGAAUGCUCAAGGAAACUGUUGAGACAAAGAUACUUCCGGUUCUUAACAAAACAUUCAAGUGUAAGAAGACCUAUAAGCAUUACAUAAACCGAAUGAAGAUUUUGAAGAACAUAUACCGAGAUUCUGUCAAUCUUCAGCGUUUUAAUUCUAAGUUUGAAUGGAAUCCAAUCACAAAGAAGUUCACGGCUCCUGAUGAAGUGUGGAUUGCUUACUUCAAAGACUAUCCGAAUCAUAGACAUAUGUUUUACAAGACAUAUGAAGAAUAUGAGCAUAUGAAGCUAGUAUUUGGAAAGAGGAGAUUUGAGAGAUCACCUUCACAAGCAUGUAAAGUAGGAGAAAGUGAGAAACUGAAACAAGUAGAUCUUACUAGUGAUGAUAAGGUUCAUGAGUCAAUGGAAGUAGUUGUACCUGGUACUUCAAUCUACUUAGAGAACUUCGUUGGAAAUCCAGAUCAAGAAGGUAGAACUGAUGAUGAUGCAUCGGUCACAAAAAAAGACGUUUGCACAGAGCUAAGAUCAAUUGAUUCGGCCACUGAUCACAUAAUGCAAGGAAGAUCAAUGGCUGAGAAAAAAAUGAAGAAUGUUUGGGAUGCUCUCAAAGAGAUUCCUAACUUGGCGAACACAACCAGAUACCAAGCUCUUAACAUGAUUUUAAAGCUUGAUAUGAGAGACAUAUUCGUUAAUAUGUCUAUUGAAGAUCGCCUUGGUUGGAUUCAGUGCACUAUCCAAUGAAGACUUGACUUUUUUUUGUUUUUGAGUGUGGAGGUUUGUGCUGUUUUUCUAGUCUUAAGUGUUUGUCUGGAAGUUCUGUUUUGUGUGAUAUUGUUUUGUUCUGUAUUUGUAAUUGUGUUGAGUGUUUGUGAAUUUUUUUUUGUUUUUUGGUCGUGUUUGUUGGUUUGGUGUGAGUGUUUUUACCAUGAGAAGAGAGACAAAGAGAUGUUACCCGACACUUCAUUUGUUCUGGACUACGGAAUUGCCUUUACGACUUUUGUCACUCAAAGACAAAAACCUGUGCAUAUGCCAUGAAGCCACCAAAUAUCAUUCUUUUUAAUCUUGGGGCAACACAUUACAAAAUUGAACACAGAAUAAAAUAUGUUUAGAGAC